GGCUAUUUUGCGAAAGCAUAACGUCAUCUCAUACCACUUACGAUUGUUGAGUAACAUACACAAUGACAGACACUGAGAUCCAGCAAGGAGACAAAGUCUCAUGGAACUGGGGUUCAGGAAAGCCCAGCGGCACCAUUGGUGAAGUCAAGGAGCAAGGUGAACUUGCCAUCGAGUCAAACCGCGGCAACACUAUUAAGAAGAAUGCCGAUCCGGAGAACCCUGCAGUUCACGUCGAGAGGUCUGGUAACGAUGUUGUAAAGCGCGCGUCCGAACUUGAAAUCGAGGAAAAGGCCGAUGGUGCCAACGGUGCCCAGACCAACGGCGACUCCAAGGAAGAAGACAAGAAGGACGAAGAGAAGAAAGAGGAUAAGCCAGCAGAUUCAGAAAACAAGGCUGAGGACAAGUCGGCAGCGGAGGAGAAGAACGACGAGGAAAAGCCAGCAGAAGAGGAGAAGAAAGACGAAGACAAGUCAGCUGAGGAGGAAAAGAAGGAUGAAGAGAUGAAAGAUGCACCGGCUGCCGAGGAGAAUAAGGAAGAGCCUACGACUAAUGGCGACUCCAAGGCAGAGGAGUCCAAGGCAGAAUCAAAGGAAGAGACCGAGAAGGAUGCCACAGAGGACAAGUCUAACGAGAAGCCCACGACCGACAAGAAAGAGGACGCUCCCAAGACCGGCUCCAAGCGCAAGGCCGAGGAAUCGCCUGCUAAGAAUAACGGUGCUGACGCCGACAAUGAUAAGCCUGCAGAGAAGAAGACAAAGACUGAUGACGCCGAGGCGGAAGGCGAAGAGAAGGCUGAGACCAAGCCCGCCCCUAAGAAAGGUGGCCGUCCCAAGAAGGAGAAGAAGGAAACCGCAAAGAAGAAGAAGGAGCCUAAGAAGGCCGCUACUGCUGACGGCCAACCGCGUCGCAGUGGCCGAAACAAGGCUUAG